CUCUCUUUUUGAGUCCACGUGUUGUUUGAGUCAGACAUAAGUGCAGUGACUGUCACUCAUAAUCAAUCAUCACUUCAAUUGAUCCGUUUGUUUUUGAGUCAAGAAAAAUCAAAUCAAUACCAACAAUGAGUCUUAAGAUUGGUGGUGACCUCAAAUCGGAUGCCGGCCUCAAGAAACUGAACGACCAUUUGGAGUCCCGAAGCUAUAUCGAGGGAUACACAGCAUCUCAAUCGGAUGUUGUACUCAUUGAUGCCGUCGGUUCGGUCGACAGCAAGAAGUUCCCGCACGUGAGCCGAUGGCAGACACAUAUCAAGUCGUUUAACACCAACGAACGCAAAGCGUUUACCGGUGUUAAGAAAAGUUUAGCCGAUUUUGGUGUUACUGCUGGCGGCGCCGCCUCGAAGCCGGCCGCUGAAGAUAAUGACGAUGACUUUGAACUGUUUGGAUCAGAUGAUGAGGUGGACGAGGAGGCAGAGAAGGCUAAGGCGGCCAGAGUUGCGGCUUAUAAUGAAAAGAAAUCCAAAAAGGCAGCAUUGAUCGCAAAAUCCAAUGUCAUACUCGACGUGAAGCCAUGGGAUGACGAAACAGAUAUGAAAAAACUUGAGGAAUGUGUCCGAACCAUACAGACUGAGGGAUUAGUUUGGGGCGCCUCUAAGUUGGUUCCGUUGGCUUACGGUAUUCAUAAAUUGACAAUCGUUUGUGUGGUUGAGGACGAUAAAGUUAGUAUCGAUUGGUUGACUGAAGAGAUCGAAAAGUUUGAAGACUACGUUCAAUCCGUGGACAUCGCGGCCUUCCAGAAGAUUUAAUGGACACUUAUUGUCAAUUGAUUUUAAAAUUAAAAUGUCAAUUUUGACAACUUUUUAAAAAUUAAUAUUGAUUUUU